AUGUCUACAAACCUAAAAAAACCAAACCUGAAACAGGAGGUUCUUCUGAGGCUGCUGCCAGUGGUCAAAGCCUCCAGCAAAGCUCUACUGAGCAGCUGUUCCCUCUCAGAUGAAGGAUGUUCAGCUCUGUCCUCAGCUCUCAGCUCUCCGUCCUCCAGACUGAAGGACCUGGACCUGAGAAUCCAGGACUCAGCACUGAAGGAGCUGUGUGAUGGACUGGAAAACUGGAAACUGGAAACUCUCAGGCUGAGUGUGUGUGGUUUCCUGCAGGACUCAGAACUGAAGAAGCUGUGUGAUGGACUGAAGAGUCCAAACUACAAACUGGAAACUCUCAGGUCAGGAUUCAUCAAAUUCAUAUAUAAUGUUAAAGGGAUGGAAUAUUUAUUUCUCCAAAAGGAGGGCAGGUAGAAAAAGUGUGAGAACCUCUGAGCUAUAGCUGCUGUUAGAAUGAGUUUGUAGUUGUAGUUUCUAUUUUCACCAGCAGAGGGCGCUUUUAGUUCUUCUGCACUGAUGCCAAUGAGAACA